GCCUUCGCCUUGGGAACCACAUGGUGGCAAAGUAUCCGCAUACAGAGUGAAGUUAGCUGAUAAUCAGAUGUGCAUUUCAAAUAUUUGCUGUCAAAUAAGAUAACAUGUCGCAGCUACAGGCACGGUUCUUCACCGAAAACAAAAAGUAUCUGAUAGAUGAUGUCCCAUUCUCCAUCCCUGCUGCUUCUGAUGUGACAGAUCUCAGCGGUGUCAUCAACAAACUGCUCGAUGCUAAGAAUGUGGGACACAAACAUGUUGAGUUUGACUUCCUGGUCCGAGGACAGUUUCUGCGCACCUCACUGGCAAAUCAUAUGGAGGCAGAGAACAUCUCAACGGAAGAAGUGGUGGAAAUAGAGUAUGUAGAGAAGUUUACAGCCCCACAGCCAGAGGAGUGUAUCAUGCAUGAUGACUGGAUCAGCUCUGUGGAUGCAGAUUCUGAAUGGAUCCUCACAGGCUCUUAUGAUAAGACCGCACGAAUCUGGUCUUUGGAGGGAAAAGCAGUGAUCACUGUGGCUGGACACUCUGAUGUUGUAAAGGAUGUGGCGUGGGUGAAGAGAGAUGGUCUGAACUCUGUGCUCCUGACUGCAUCUCUGGAUCAAACCAUCCUAGUGUGGGAGUGGAACUCGGAACGGAACAAAGUGAAGCCCCGACACUGUUGCCGUGGACACGCAGGAAGUGUAGACACAGUUGCUGUCGACCCCAGCAGGACAAAGUUCUGCAGUGGCUCAUGGGAUAAAAUGCUGAAGAUUUGGUCAGCAGUGCCGACAGAUGAAGAAGAUGAGAUCGUGGAACCCAACAGGCCACGCAAAAAACAGAAAACGGACCAGAUGGGGCUCACACGGACUCCGCUCAUGACUCUGUCUGGUCAUAAUGAGGCCGUGUCGUCCGUGCUCUGGAUGGCUGCAGAGGAGCUGUGUAGUGCAUCAUGGGACCACACCAUCCGCCUAUGGGAUGCAGAGACCGGUGGGCAGAAGAGUACUCUAACGGGCAGCAAGGUUUUCAAUUGUAUCUCAUACUCUCCACUGUGUCGUCGCCUGGCCUCGGGAAGCACUGACAGACAUGUGCGACUGUGGGAUCCAAGAUCUAAAGAUGGCUCUUUAGUUCUCCUCUCUCUGACGUCCCAUAAUGGUUGGGUGACGGCAGUCAGGUGGUCUCCCUCUAAUGAGCAUCAAUUAGUGUCAGGAUCUCUAGACAACAUGGUUAAACUGUGGGACAUCAGGAGCUGUAAGGCUCCGCUGUAUGAUCUUGCUGCCCAUGAAGACAAAGUACUAUGUGCUGACUGGACAGCGAAUGGGUUGAUUUUGAGUGGAGGAGCCGAUAACAGACUCUACACAUACAAAUACUCGAACUGCCUUUGACGCAGGAAGAAUUGAACACUGUUCAUGGUUGCCAUGCCAAUAGAACAGCCUCAUUUUUCAUCAGUGUCACCAUGGAAACGGUGGUGCAACAUGUGCUUUGCUUCAUAACCUCCAAAAAAGAAAAAGAUAAAAGUACUUGUGUACUAAAACACAAGACCCACAGCCUUAAAAAUGUUUGAUUUUGAUUUUCAGUGUUUAUUCCUCCGAUGUUCAAUACAAUGUCUAACAGCAGUCAUGUUGUGUCUGUUUUUACUCUGUUGCCUUUUCUUAAAUUACUAAAUAUUAAAUUAACAUUGGCUAAUGUUGUUUAAUGUUGGCUGGUUAUGUUAGAUUUUGAAGUGUUCUGUAGUUUUAUUAUUUUUACAGAGAAAAUCAUGAACUUUAUGAAUAUUUGUUGAGUGUGGUGUUCAGAAGAUCUUCAAAACAUAAGAAUCUGUAAGAAAUAUUUCACUAUUUAAGAAAUAUGUUGAUUGUUGGACUGUAUUCCAGUUGUUCCAGUGAAAUAAAUUCGACAUUACGAGUGA